UAGGAAUCCUUCACUCAUUUGGCCACGAACACAUACACAUACCAUACGUGAUGCUCUGCAACCAGCCACACGUGGUUCAGACUUCAGAUGCAUACACUAGCCGUGUCAUCAGGCGAGGCGUGCCCUGCCUAACAAUCGCGCUCGCCGCGGCGACCAAGUACUCGGUGGACCUCCUAUAUCUUCCCCGCCUGCCCGCUCGCCGUCUCCAUCCACGAACCCCCCACCACCACCAGUCCACCACCGCCACCGCCGCCCGCACAUGCACGCACUGACUCACCUCCAUCGACCCCGCGUUCUCACCUCCACGCCCCCAACACAUACAAGAGCGAACCAUCCCCCGCCAUGCCGACCGGCUCCACCCAGGCACUGGCGGCGAUGCACCGAGGCGGCGAGACAACGACAGAGCCCCACCGCCUGCUGCUGCAGCGCAUGGAGCCGCUGUUUCGCCCGGCGCCGACGACGACGACGACGGGCAGGAACAGGGACGACAGGCGGCUGACGAAGCUGCUGGUGAACGUGACGGUGGACCGCAGCCUGUGGCCCGUCCACCUCGUGCUGGACGCCGACGCCACCGUCGCCGACCUCGUGCGCGCCGCCGUCGCCGCCUACGUCCGCGAGGGCCGCCGCCCGCCGCUCCAGACCGGGACGCCCGCCGACGCCACCGACGGCUUCGAGCUCCAUCUCAACAAGUACUCGCUCGAGAGUUUGAGGCUGGAGGAGAAGGUGCUGGACCUCGGCUCUCGCAACUUCUUCCUCUGCGCGCGGAGAUCUGCGACUGGGGCGUGAGCUGAUCGAGCUCGCUGCUUCGUUGGAUCAUCGUCGGCCGGACGCUCGAUCGCGCUGUCGUGCGUGCACAUGGAAGCAUCGUCGUAGGAAGAGCAGCAGAGCAGUAGUUACACAUGCAAAAGGCUACGCUCAUCAGGAUUUCAGGUCGACGACGCAUCGUGAUCUGCCUCUGUAAACCUGUUGUAUAGAGAAAUGGAUGUGGAAAAGCGAUGACUAAAUGAUUUAUUGUGAAAGAAAAGUACUACUGAACGUCAGGUAAAUUUGACGGAUAAA